AAAAAAAAAAGGCACGCGGAAUGUCACGUCGAGGACCGUAAAAAGGCACUGGUGUUUCGCUUCCGUGGUUGGAUCCAGGGCGCUUCACCUUCUGGUGGUGACGGCCUUCUUCACGACCCGUUGGUACGUGUUCCUCACGUGGAUGCACAAGAGCAUACCCGUGUUCCUGUCGGCGGCGCUGUCCAUCCUGACCGCGCUAGCAGCCGCCGCUGUCACCGCCUGGGACAGUGCGCCGGGCAUCCUGGCCAAGUGCUUCGCCGAGGUGUUCGUCCAGUACUUGAGGGCCGAGAACCUGGCCCUGUCGGCCGCUGCCCAUGGCCAGGUGUUGGUCGUCGGUGCAGGAGGAAGGAGCGAUGACCUUCGCACUGUGCUGACCCAUUGCCGGGCUAACGUGGAAGCCGUGUUACGUAUGGUUGGAGCUGCUCAAGGGCUCUUGGGAACCCUGCUGCUGUUGUCCUUCGGCGCCAACAUGGGUGUCGUUUGUGCCGUGCUCUACUCUCUGACCGACUCCUCGACGCCGACUGGCCUAAUCAUGUCCGGCAUCCUGUAUUCCAGCCUGAACUUCGCUGACGCGUUAGAUGUCGCAUUUGCCUCAGAAUCGCUCGCAAACGAGGUGGCCGAGAUGAAGUGGACACUGCGGUCUCUACCCUUUCAGGGCCAACCGGAUGAAUUCGCAAAAGACGUACGGUCUUUUCACGAAAUCCUGGACCCGUCCGCCAUGUUUCUGAGAGCCCAUGGUUUCUUCCGUGUAAACAUGGCGCAGAUGAUUUCGCGGAGCUGUUCAAGCCGACCGUGUAGAGCGAACAGAAAUGUGGGCCGACCCUGGCGGUAGUGCAGAAAGGGUCCAAGCGGAAUGGCACAUACCCCUGUGAACUAGCGAAGGUGUUUAAGCUCGAGGAUGGUGCGACUUGGUAGUGCUUAGCCUAGCCCA